GGAGGGGAACGUCAGUGAAUCUGUGACAGACAGCAGCCGUUGGAAGAAACUACAGCAGUACGGGCUGCCUGCCGGCUUACUCGCACAAUUUUGACACCUCAUUCCCUUUAAAAUGGCGUAUCACAGUCCUUACAGAGCUCCCCCGCAUAUCAACGCCCCUCCGGACCAGGGUUUUCUGUGGAAUAUCUUCCAGAGGGUUGACAAGGACAGGAGUGGAGUGAUAUCAGACUCAGAGCUCCAGCAGGCCUUAUCAAAUGGCACAUGGACUCCUUUUAACCCAGUGACCGUCCGCUCCAUCAUAUCCAUGUUUGACAGGGAAAACAAAGGCGGGGUGAACUUCAACGAGUUUGCCGGCGUGUGGAAGUACAUCACAGACUGGCAGAACAUCUUCCGGACCUACGACAGGGACAACUCCGGCUUCAUAGACAAGAAUGAGCUCAAACAGGCGCUGACUGGAUUUGGGUAUCGUCUGUCAGAUCAGUUCUACGGUACGCUGAUAGAGAAGUUUGACCGCCAGAGGAAGGGACAGGUGGCCUUCGAUGACUUUAUCCAGUGUUGUAUCGUACUACAGAGGUUGACUGAUGUGUUCAGGCGGUACGACACGGACCAGGACGGCUGGAUCCAGGUCUCAUAUGAACAGUAUCUAUCCAUGGUCUUCAACGUGGUAUAACGCACACAGAUCACCACAGAAGAGCACAACUGGACACAACUGUGCCAAAGCCACCGGCACCUCCCCGGAUGUCUGCCAUGGUGGACACUACAAGAUUUUUUAAGACAAAUGUUUAGCCCCAGUUAGUUAGGUAUACAAAAUUUAUAAAAUUCAUCCAGGGAAACUUGCUGAAAAGCCCCAUUUCAGUUCUUGAAGGUUUGGGGAUUGAAGCACCCCAAGUUGGCAUUUGUCAGGGAAGCUUGAUUUGUUGAGGGAAAGAAAAAAUCUUGUAGUGUUUGAAAGACAACCAAUCUGAACAACGUCUGUGAUGGGGACUCUGGGUUGGCGUUGUAUGUGGAAUAUUACGGACACUACCCUCUGUCUGUCUGUCUGUCUGUUUGUUUGUCUGUCUGUCAGAGCAGUCUGUUAAUGCCCAUAAAAUUUGUUUGGUGUCUUAAUGAUAAUUGUUAUUAUUAAAAAAAGACCAGAGUAUCUGUGUUUAAGGUAAAAAUUAUGCAUUGUAAAUAUCAUUUAGAAUGCAUUGCAUGCUUUUCAGGGAAAUUCAGCCCCACGUUGAAGCAUGCCUUCUCUUUCUCUUCCUCAAAUCUGUUUUGCUCAAAGCCAUGUUUACAAUACUGUGAAAGCAGGUACUGACCUGCUUUGAGAUUCACUGACAUGCCAGCUUACAUGCCAUAUUUGUAUAAACUUAUUUUUAACCAGCAAAUCUCUAAAUGUUAGGACAUCUAAUUUUAGGUAGAGGAUAAGCAUAAUGCCUUUAGUAUGGCUUAUUUUUUGUGCAUGAUGCCUUAAGAUCUGUAAGAAAAACACAUGAAAGAGGAAUCUCUUUUAUUAAAAAAAGAAAAUCUUAA